AUGAAGAAGGAUAAUCAGAGCAGCAUGUUCGAGUUCCUCCUCCUGGGGCUCCCCAUCCUUCCAGAGCAGCGGGGGAUCUAUUUCGCCCUGUUCCUGGGCAUGUACCUGACCACGGUGCUGGGGAACCUGCUCAUCAUCCUGCUCAUCAGGCUGGACUCGCGCCUCCACACCCCCAUGUACUUCUUCCUCAGCCACUUGGCCCUCACUGACGUCUCCUUCUCAUCAGUCACAGCCCCAAAGAUGCUUUUUAACAUGCAGACACAGAGCCAAUCCAUCUCAUAUGCUGGGUGUGUUUCCCAGGUGUAUUUCUUCUUAAUGCUGGGGUGUCUGGACAGUCUCCUUCUCACCUCCAUGGCCUACGACAGGUACGUGGCCAUCUGCCAUCCCCUGCAUUACACCACCAUGAUGAGUCAGAACCUGUGUGUCCUGCUAGUUGCAGUGUCCUGGGCCCUGUCCUCUAGCAAUUCCCUUUUGCAUACCCUCCUCCUGGCCCGUAUCUCCUUCUGUGGAGACAUCCUCCUCCCCCACUUCUUCUGUGACCUCUCCACCUUACUCAAGCUGUCCAACUCAGACACCACAGUCAACGAGCUGGUCAUUCUCACCGUGGGAGUGGUGGUCAUUACUGUGCCGUUCAUCUGCAUCCUAGUCUCCUAUGGCCGCAUCGGGGCCACCAUCCUGAAGGCCCCCUCCAUCAAGGGGAUCUGCAAAGCCUUGUCCACGUGUGGCUCCCACCUCCUGGUGGUCUCUCUGUACUAUGGACCAAUUAUUGGUCUGUACUUUUUACCCGCAUCCGGUAACUCCAAUGAGAAAGAUAUGAUCGUGGCUGUCCUGUACACGCUGGUCACCCCCAUGCUAAACCCCUUCAUCUACAGUUUGAGGAACCGAGAUAUGAAAGGAUCUCUAGGAAAAAUACUCAGCAAAGUAAUAUUUUUGCCAAGAUGA